CAAUCAAAUCAAUCACAUCAAUCACAUCACCAUCUAGAACCUCCCCGCCAAACAAAAAAUUGCUAAUCAAACCCCUCCUCACAAAUCAACCACCAAGCACCAAAAACAUCCUCAUACUCCGGAACUCCCCAUCUCCCAACCAAAACACAAAAGUUAAAUUUCACAUAUAAAAUAAACAACUUCCCACCUACAGACCUAGGUACAACAGGUCUUUUACAAUUUGCCCAACAUUAAUAUCUUUCGCCGUUUUUUUACCACAUCUUCUAUCAGUCCCGCCAGAAUGUCUGCUGCUCAAACAAAGGCCGAUAGCAUUAUUGCUGAGAAUGCCGUUGGUAUGUCUUUUGCUUCUCCUAUUCGUUUUCAUUUUCGUAUUUAUUUUCUUUCGGGAUUCUAUUAUGCUCUGCUACAGACAAAUGGAUUUACCCCUCCUUUCCCGGGAACGCCGUGAAGUUGUGAUGGGGUACUUGAAGAUAUUAUAGAUGAUGCUUCUUGAGUGAGAUGUAUUACUCUAUACUUCUAUGACUGGGAUAUGGUUCCGCUGUUAAAGAUGGGAAAUAUAUACAUUACGAAAUAGCUAACAUGUCUCCAUCAAUAGCCGUAUUCAGCAAAUCUUACUGCCCAUACUGCAAUGCUACCAAGAAGCUUUUGAAUGAUUUGAAGGCUAAUUACUAUGCCAUUGAAUUGGACCAAGUUGGUAUGUGUUUUUUCCCCGAGGUUUUUCUUCCUCUGUCUCUACAUCAUAAGCCACCCUCUAUCUCGCAUCACUCUCUCCCCUCGCACAAUUUACUAACAUAAUCCCCAGCCGACGGAUCCGAAAUCCAAGCCUACCUCAAAGAAAAAACAGACCAAGGUUCCGUCCCAAAUAUCUUCAUCGGUCAGAAACACAUCGGUGGUAACUCGGACUUGCAAGCCAAGAAUAAGAAGGAGUUGGAGGCUCAGUUGAAGGAGUUGAAUGUGAUUGCUGCUUAAAGGGUGGGAUACAUUGUAUGCUGUGGAAGAGAAGAGAAGAUAUUAUAUCGGUUAGGGGGGUUGAUUAAUUGUAUGAUGGAUGGUUUGGUGGCUAUAGAAUUAUCGCUUUUGGUGGGUUUAAAAGACUGAAUGAAUGGAGAAUAUUAUAUGAUAUGAUACAUGAAAGUCUA